AUAGAAGUGGAUGCUGGUGGAAAUGAGUUCGAUCAGUUUUAUUACACCAAGAUUGAGAACUGGUUGAAGGAGAAUGGCAGUUCCAAUGCGACUCUCGAUGAACAGAAACGGUGGAAACCGAAUGUCCCUAUACACCUGGACAACCCGUUUCGCCGAGGUUCCGAAGAAAGUCGCGUUUUUCAUCUUUUGUUAUGGUCGGUUGUAGAGACGUUUUGAAAUUUACAUUUAGUUGACACAAUAACUGGUGUCAAAUAUUAUAAUUAUAGAGGGGGGACUGACUUAGACUUGCUCACAGGGAAAUUCCUUGUCCGAGUAGAAGUCAGGAAACGCAGGCAAAGGAACUUAUCUCUUCUAAUCUUUGUGCGGCAGAUGCGACCGCAGCGGUAUUUCUCCAACUUCGUGCGCGGACCGG